AUGCUCAUCUUUUUAUGGUACUUCCCUUCCUUCCUCACAGCCCUGAGUAAAGCAGAGGUGCUAGAGAUUUCUCGAAACAUGACCGGCUACAACGAGCUACAUGGAGAGCUGGCGCCAUCGUUCACCAGCUAUCUCGAGACUGGCAGCGCCCACGACAGCCUUAUACAGAGGCAUGCCGGACAGGCAAGUAGUGGCUUUCUGGCCCUCAGAGUAUGCUUUCACCAGACCCCUUUCAUGUGA